AUGAUAUCGAACUCGAAUCUGAAUAAUCUGAAAUCUAAUAAUAUAUCAAACUCGAAUCUGAAUAAUCUAAAAUCUAACACUAUAAUCAAGGAAUCCAACGAUGAAUAUUCAUCGUCAUUGUCUAAUAACUCAGCAAUUUCAAAUGGAAAAUCAGCAAAUGCAUGGACAAAUUUUAAAGAUUCUUUUAAACCUCCAGUAAAAAAUAAUAAUAACAAAGACUUAGAAUUUUACAAUGAUGAAGGUAUACGACAGGAUGAAUCAGCAGCACCUUUAAAACAGAAUUUGAAGAAAAGACAACUUCAAAUGAUUGCAUUAGGAGGUUGUGUGGGAAGUGGUUUAUUAGUUGCAAGUGGAUUAGCUUUACAAAACGGUCCAUUAGCUUUAGUUAUUGCUUGGUUAAUUGUUGGUCUGUUUUUAUACUGUACAAUGCAAUCACUUGCAGAGUUGUGUAGUUAUUUACCUGUUUCAGGAUCAUUUGCAACAUAUUCAGCAAGAUUUAUUGAUUCAAGUUGGGGGUUUGCAAUGGGUUGGAAUUAUGCAUUGUUUUGGGUUAUUGUUUUACCAUUGGAAUUAGUUGCUUCAUCCAUGACUAUUAAUUUUUGGCAAUCUAAUAUAAAUAGUGUUGUUUGGGUUGCAGUCUUUUACGUUUUAAUUUUCCUUUUAAAUUUAUGUGGUAAUAAAGGUUUUGGAGAGUUUGAAUUCAUUGCAUCCAUUAUUAAAUUGUUAGGUGUUGUCGGUUUUAAUAUAUUAGCAAUAAUUAUUAUUUGUGGCGGAACAGGAAAUCAAGGUUAUAUCGGGGGUAAAAAUUGGCAUCCACCACUUCAAACUGGGUUCAAAGGAAUAGGUAUGUGAAGCAAUAAAUUUACUCUGAUUUAAUGAAUUUUACUAACUUUUUUUUUUCCAGUUUCGACUUGCUUAACCGCUACAUAUUCUUUGGCUGGUACAGAGUUGGUGGGAUUAACGUCGUCUGAGAGUGAAGAAAAUCCAGCAAAAUCCUUUAGAUCUACGAUCAAACAAAUAAAUUACAGAAUUUUGAUUUUUUACUUAUUAACCUUAACAUUAGUUGGGUUCUUAGUACCUGCUACAUAUUCAGAACUUGCAGGAAGUGGUAGUGCUGAUACUUCUUCAAGUCCAUUUGUUAUUGCAAUUAAUGCCGCUCAAAUUAAGGUUUUACCUUCAAUUUUCAAUGUCGUUGUUUUGGUAGCUCUUUUGGCUAUAUCAAAUUCUGCAGUUUAUGGAUUCUCAAGAACAUGUAUUGGUUUAGCAGAACAAGGACUAGCCCCUUCUUGUUUCAAAUAUAUUGAUAGAAAAGGCAGACCACUAGUAGGAAUGGGUAUUAGUGCAGUUUUUGGUUUAUUAUCAUUUGUUUCAGCGUCAAAGUAUGAAGAUGAAGUUUUUGCUUGGUUAGUUGCAAUCAGUGGUUUAUCUACGUUAUUUACUUGGGGUAGUAUUAAUGGUGCCUAUAUUAGAUUUAGAGGUGCAAUGAAAUAUCAAAAUAGAUCAAUAGAUGAAUUACCUUACAAAUCAACUACUGGAGUAAUUGGUGCUUAUUAUGGUUUAAUCAUGAAUAUAGUUGUUUUAGCAUUACAAUUUUGGUUAGCAUUAUAUCCAAUUGGUAAACAACCACAUGCAAAAGAUUUUUUUAAAACUUAUUUAGGUGCUGUUAUUGUAUUAAUAUUUUAUGUUGUUCAUAAACUAUGGACUCGAAACUGGAAAUUAUGUCUUGAUUACAAAAAUAUUGAUUUAGAUAGUGGCAAAGCACCUAACAUCGAUUUGGUUAGACAGGAAAUAGAGGAAGAGAAAGAACUAAUCAAAACAAAACCAUUUUACUAUAGAGUUUAUAGAUUCUUGUGUUAG